UUUUUUUUUUAAUCUUUUAAGUCUUCUUUCUUACUCAGCUUCAACACGUUCAGGGGCGAGGACAGGGUGGCUGGCAGAAGUUCAUCCGGGACCGUAGGCCUCCGCGUGGGCUCCAUGGGGCAGGUGUGGGCCAGGCUGGUCCCCCUCCUUCUGCUCCUGCUCCCAGGGCGAGGUGCUGAAGCCUGCAGUACCGGUCAGUGCUGUUUUCAGGACCCGCCAUAUCCUGAUGCAGACUCAGGCUCGGCUUCAGGCCCCAGGGACCUGAACUGCUACCGGAUAGUCAGCGCUGGUUAUGAAUGCUCCUGGCAGUAUGAGGGCCCCACGGCUGGGGUCAGCCACUUCCUGAGGUGCUGCCUCCGGAAUGGGCCCUGCUGCUACUUUGCCGCGGGCUCGGCCACCAGCCUGCAGUUCUCUGACCAGGACGGCGUAGCCGUGCUCCAGACUGUCAGGCUCUGGGUGGAAUCUCGAGCCAAGAACCGGACGCACAGGUCGCCUGAGAUCGAACUGAGCCUUCAUAGCACAGUUAAAUAUGAUCCUCCGCAAGCCGGAGACAUCACCGUGUCGGAGUCCGCAGGGAAGGUGCUCUUGAAGUGGGAGACCCCAGCCCGCCAGGAGGGCGCCGAGGUCCAGUUCCGGUACCGGACACCUGGCAGCCUGUGGAAGUUGGGCGACUGCAGACAUCGAGAGGACCCUGGCUUCGAGGCCUGCCUCUGCCCUCGGCAGAUGGAUGCAGCCCAGGAAUUCCAGCUACGCCGGAGGCGACUCUGGCAGGAAGCCCCAGGAAACCCCUGGAGCAACUGGAGCAGCCCCGUGUGUGUUCCCCCUGAACAUCUUCCACAGCCCACCUUGACGCUCUCAGCGGAGGCGCUCCGGCCAGAUGGGAAGAGGCAGGUGACCCUGCACGGGAAGCUGCCCCGGCUUGAGCUUCCAGAAGGCUGCCUCGGGUCCAACUCUGGCGGGGAGGUGACCUACCGCGCCCGCCUGCACAUGCUAUCCUGCACAUGUAAGACCAAGUCCACUGAGACCUUUCAGCUGAGGAAACCUCUCGACCUCUCUGGUGCAGCCUAUGACCUGGCCAUCAUCUCCCGGAACCGCUUCGGCCGCAGCCCCAGCCAGACAUGGCACAUUCCUGCCCAAACCCACACCCACACAGAACCAGGGGCUCUGAAUAUCAGUGUCGGAGCCAACGGGACCACCAUGCACUGGCCAGCCCAGGCCAGGGCCAAGGCAUAUUGCAUCGAGUGGCAGUCCCAGGGCCAGCAUGGGAACCUUACCAACUGCACCCUGACUACGCCCCAGGAUCAGGACCCCACUGGAAUGGCAACCCACAGCUGGAGCAGAGAAUCUGGGGCAAUGGAGCAGAAGGUGUGCUACCACAUCACGAUCUUUGCCUCUCCACGCCCGGAGAAGCCCACCUUGUGGUCCACGGUCUUGUCCACCUACCACUUUGGGGGCAAUGCCUCGGGGGCCGGAAGCCCACAGCACGUGUUGGUGAAGAAGCUCAGCCGGGACUCCGUGUCUGUGGACUGGACGCCAUCCGCGCUGAGCUCCUGCCCCGGGGUCCUGAAGGAGUACGUCGUGCGCUGCCAGGAUGAGGAGGGCAACGUCGUGUCUGAGCUGCCCGUGAAGCCCACGGAGACCCAGGUCACGCUAGGUGGCCUUCGGGCUGGCAUAGCCUACACCGUGCAGGUUCGAGCAGACACGGCAACGCUGCGGGGCGCCUGGAGCCAGCCCCAGCUGUUCAGCACAGAAGUCCAGGUUUCCCGGUUGUUCGAUUUGUCCAUACUCCUUGCGUCUCUGGGGAGCUUCGCCAGCAUCCUCCUCCUGGGCGUCCUUGGGUACCUCGGCCUGAACAGGGCUGCACGGCACCUGUGUCCGCCCCUGCCCACACCCUGUGCCAGCACUGUGGUCGAGUUCCCUAGCAGCCAGGGGAAGCAGGCUUGGCAGUGGGCAAGCCCGGCAGACUUCCCGGAGGAGGUGUCCCCGAAAGAGGCCUUGGUGGUGAACAUGUCCUGGGAAAAAGGUGAGGGAACUGACCUGGACACACCUGUGCAUCUCAAGAGGACACAGCUACUUCGGGGCGCUCCUGAGCUGGCCUUGGACGCAGAGCUACCCUUGGAGGACAGGAGACAGGUGCAAGGCCACCCUGAGGCUCGGGCUCUGGGGCCCGGCAGGCAGGAUGGUCUGGAGGGCAACCCUGCCCAGGUGACUGGACUCUUGCUGCCCUCGGGGGACCUAAUACAGACCCCCAUAUUCAGUGGCCCUUUGCACAUGGGCCUGGAGGCCUAAGGAAGAGAGAGGGGAGAGUCGGCCUCGUCCUUCAGGCAGGAAGAAGGAAGGCGGCUGGUUAUUAAGCAAACAUUGCAUACCCAGCCGGUUCGUCUAGACACUCACAUGAUGUCCUGAUUCCCCAUAACCACCUCGAGAGGUACAUGGCUAUUCAAUUUUACAGAUAUGACCACUGAGGCGCAGAGAGAGCAAGUGGCUAGCCUGAAAGCCACCCAGCACCGGCAGGAGUCAAACCUGGGCGGAGUGCCGCAGACCCCAUUUCGCCCACUGAGGCUCCAAGGCCACGCCCCCCCCAGCACAGGUCCUGUGGUGGGAACCCUGGGAACCACCAAGAAAAGGAACCUGCCAAACCCCAGGACACCCAUGGGGAAGGGACAGAACUUUUCAGGGUAGAAUAGAUUGGAGGGGACCCAAAAGGGGCUCAUGCUGAUCCUAGAACCAUAGGCUGGAUGUUGUGUCCCAGGAGCACUUGAUGGGGAGUCUGGGCACAGAGUUUCUGCUGCACUGCGGGGUCCAGGCUCGGAGAAGGAUCUAGUCGUGGGAAAACAAGGGGGCCCCUAAGCAUUCUGAGGGAGGUGAUGGCCCCUCUUCGGCCUCAGUCUCCUCCCCUGUAGAAUGGGGGUGAGGAUAAUAUUGAACUCGCAGGUCUGUCGAGGGGGGUCUACGGCUUAAUAAAUGAGCCUUCUAUUAACUUUC